AUGGCGGGAGUUCUGAAUGCCUUGGCAUCCUACGUGACCAAGAUGCUCGCCGACAUGGCCAGAGACGAGGUGGCCAUGCUGAUCGGAGUGUCCGGUCAGAUCAAUGACUUGAGCGCCAAGCUCAGGGACCUCAACAACUUCCUUGAAGAUGCUGAUAGGAGGAACAUCACGGACAAGAGCGUGUGUGCCUGGGUGGAGGACCUGAAGCGUGCCAUGUACCUCGCCACCGACAUCCUUGACCUUUGUCAUCUCAAGGCCAUGGAGCAAGGUCCAUCAAAGUACAUGGGCUGCCUUAACCCCCUGCUCUUCUGCAUGCGGAACCCCCUCCACGCCCAUGACAUCGGCACCCGCAUCAAGUUGCUCAACCAGCAGCUGGAUGACAUCUGCGAGAGGGGACGUAGUUUCAACUUUAUCAAGCUAGAAAGCUACCAAGACCGGAAGACGAACCACCCUCCUCAUGUUGACCGCAAGACCCAUCCAGUGUUGGAGCUCUCAGGUGUGAUUGGGGAGAAGAUCGAAGAAGACACAAGAGCGCUUGUAGAGCUGCUAACGAAGGAGGUACAUGACGGGAGUGAUAGCAUCUUGGUGUUCGCCAUCGUUGGUGUUGGGGGAAUCGGCAAGACAACCCUUAGCAAAAAGAUCUUCAAUGACGAGGCCAUGCAAGCCCAGUUCUCCAAAAAGAUAUGGUUAAGUAUCACGCAAGAUUUCAGCGAGAUUGAGCUGCUGAGGACAGCCAUCAGUGCAGUAGAUGGAAAACCGCCAGAGUCUCAAGAUAAAGCCUUGCUUGUGCCGGCUCUUGUCAGCGCCAUCAAGGACAAGAAGUUCUUUCUUGUGUUGGAUGACAUGUGGGGUGUCAAUGAAUGGAACAAAUUGUUGAUGACACCAUUUAGCCACGGUGCCCUCGGUAGCCGCGUUCUAGUCUCCACAAGACAUGAUGAUGUUGCCCGAGGCAUGAGAGCCAUGGAGCCAUACCACCAUGUGGACAAGUUAGGAUCUGAAGAUGCAUGGUCAUUGCUCAAGAAGCAGGUGCUCAGAACAGAGAGGAGUGAACCCGAGAUUGAUAUGCUAAAGCAUAUUGGAUUGCAAAUUUUAGCAAAAUGUGAUGGUUUGCCACUGGCUAUAAAAGUGAUGGGAGGACUAUUAUGCCAAAAGAAGAAAGAACGGCGUGAUUGGGAAAAUGUCUUGAAUGAUACCAUAUGGUCAGUAUCUGAAAUGCCCAAGGAGCUAAAUUAUGCAAUAUACCUUAGCUAUGAGGACUUGUCCCCUUCUUUAAAACAAUGCUUUUUGCACUUCUCCCUUAAGCCUAAAAGGAUUGUUUUCAGCGACGACGAGUUUGUCGGUAUGUGGAUUGCUGAAGGAUUUAUUCAGGGGAACGUGGAUAGAUUGGAAGAAUUGGGAAUUGAGUACCACAAGGAGCUGAUAGAAAGAAACCUUAUAGAGCCGGAUACAUCAAAGAUCGGUCAAUACGUUUGCAACAUGCAUGAUGUUAUUCGUUCGUUUGCUCAAUUUGUUGCUAGAAAUGAAUCACUAGUAGCUCAUGAUGGAGAAGCUGUUAAUAGUAAACUCGGUGUGCAAAGCUUUCUUAGGUUGUCUAUAGAAACCAAAGGAGUGGAAUCUGAUAAUUUUGAGUGGAGAUUUAUACAAAAGCAUAAAUCACUAAGAAUGUUGAUAUUGAUUGGAUGUGUCAAGAUUCAGCCUAGUGAUUCCUUGAGUGCUUGUCCAAGUCUACGAGUUCUGCAUAUAGAAUCUGCAAAUUUUGCUGCAUUAGUUGGAUCUAUGGAUCAGCUCAAACACUUGAGGUACUUCGCAGUAAAAGAAUGUGAUGGCAUAGAAACCCUACCAGAGAACAUUCACAACAUGAAAUUCCUUCAACACAUUAGCCUUGAUGGUUGUAAGAAUCUUGUGGAACUUCCUGACAGCAUUGUACAAUUAAGAGAGCUGAGAUACCUUGACAUUGAUGGCACACAAGUAAAUAGUAUGCCUAGGUGUUUUUCUGCUCUCACUAAUUUGAGGUCACUAUGGGGGUUCCAAACGAACAUGCAUGGUGAUUGGUGUAGUUUGGAAGAGCUUGGGCCUCUUUCCCAACUUAGGAUAAUUGGAUUAAUGAGCCUAAAGAAUGUAUCUGAUGCGUCAUUUGCCAUGAAGGCCAGGCUUGCUGAAAAGAAGUAUCUCCACAUAUUGGAAUUAUGCUGCAAUAAUCGUAGAUCGAGAGAUGGUGGAUUGGUCAAAGAUGUGUUCUCUGAGAGGGAUCAAAGCAUAAUUGAGGAGGUGUUUUGUGAGCUCUAUCCUCCGCCUUCCAUUGAAGAUAUUCGCAUCAAUGGAUAUUUUGGGCGUCACCUCCCAAGGUGGAUAAUGCGGACAGCGACAACACCCCUUGGUAGCUUGAGGCUACUAAAGUUGGAAGACCUUGCUUUGUGCACUCAACUCCCUGAUGGUCUGUGUCAGCUCCCAUGUUUAGAGAGCCUAAUGGUUGACGAAGCUCCAAUGAUCAAACAUGUUGGGCCUGAAUUUGUGCAGCCCCAAAGUAACCAUCUCCACCCUUCAUCUCACAUUGGGGUUGCGUUUCCAAGACUGCACACCUUGACCUUGAAUAUGAUGGAGGAAUGGGAGGAGUGGGAGUGGGAGGAGGAAGUGCAUGCUAUGCCUGUCUUGGAGGAACUUUUUAUUCAAAGUUGCAAAUUGAGGUGUAUCCCUCCUGGCCUUGCCUCCCAUGCAAGGUUUUUGAAAAAAUUAACCAUAUACAAUGUACAGGGCUUUCAGUCUGUUGAGGACUUUGCUUCCGUAGUCGAGCUCAACCUGGGUGGACUACCGGACCUCACUAGAAUCUCCAACUUCCCCAAGCUGCAAAAACUUGAGAUCUAUUGCUGCCGGAAGCUCGAGUCGCUGCAGGAGAUGGAUGCACUCUGGAGGCUCGAGCUAACAGUUCAGUACAGCGAGAGACAGCUCCCAUUGUUCCUGCAAACUGUAAAGCCAAGCCAUUUGCUGCUGGACUGUUGGUCGUUCAUACUCAUUUCCAUGGCUUUGGGUAAGUCUAGUUCCGAGUGGGCCAAGUUCAGCCAUAUCCAGCAUGUUGAGGCUUAUGCAAAUGUUGAUGGCACUGAAAAGAGCCAUCACCUAUUUUACACAAGGGAACCCUACAACGUGGAGACAAACAUUGAUCUGCAGGCGUUCUCAGAUGCUGUUAGGCUUCUCCAAUUAUGGGGUGAAGAUGGACUGCCUCGUUUAGCUGCCCUGAUGGAAUCAGCGGACGAAGAUGAGGAGGAUGCAGACAACCCAGAAAAAAUAGAGGAGGAAAGCAUGGGCCAAGGAAGGGAGGAGUAG